GGUCACAGCCGGGGGGAGGGGGCCCACCAUGCCCAAAGUCUUCCUGGUGAAGAGGAGGAGCCAGGGGGUCUCGGUCCGCAGCUGGAAUGAGCUCCCGGAUGAGGAAAGGGCAGACACCUAUAUCCCAGUGGGCCUAGGUCGCCUGGUCCAGGAGCCCCCCGAGGACUGCCGCAGCGACGGCGGGAGCAGCAGCGGCGGCGGCAGCAGCAGCGCCUGGGAGCCGGGAGGCGCCGAGAGCAGCUCGUCCCCGCGCGCCCCCGAGCGCGAAGCCCGAGAGCCCGGCGACGCCGAGGGCCCGGGUGGACACCUGGUGGCGAAGCAGCGUCCGGCCGCCAGGUCGAAAAUCAAGUUUACCACAGGCUCAUGCGAUGACUCGGUGAUUCAUAGCUGCGACCUGUGUGGCAAGGGCUUCCGCCUGCAGCGGAUGCUCAACCGGCACCUCAAGUGCCACAACCAGGUGAAGAGCCACCUGUGCACCUUCUGCGGCAAGGGCUUCAAUGACACCUUUGACCUGAAGAGGCAUGUCCGCACACAUACAGGCAUCCGCCCCUACAAAUGUGACGUUUGCAACAAAGCCUUCACCCAGCGCUGCUCCCUCGAGUCCCACCUGAAGAAGAUCCACGGGGUGCAGCAGCAGUACGCGUACAAGCAACGCCGGGACAAGCUCUACGUCUGCGAGGACUGUGGCUACACGGGCCCCACCCAGGAGGACCUGUACCUGCACGUGAACAGUGCCCACCCAGGCAGCACGCUUCUCAAAAAGACGUCCAAAAAACUGGCGGCGAUUUUGCAGAACAAGCUGACGUCCACGCUGCAGAGGGAUGCCAGCCUGAAUGAGAAGGAGAAGUGAGGAGGAGGAAGGGGACGGAGAGACGCCAACGCUGCCAAGUUUACAUGGGGUUUUGGUUUUGUGGGUCCCCCACCCCACUGCCUCUUUUUAAUUGUAAUUGUUCAGUGUACCUCUCUGUCCUUUGGGGACCUCAUGGGGGACCUGUCCUGAGGUUGUCAGUUUUAAUAGCGACGUCAGGCUCUGUAGCAUGUGUCCUGGUGAGGACAGCUGCAUUGAAGGACGUUUGUUUUCCACACUCCGACAGCCAUGAUCACCAUGCAGGCUUUUUUUUUUUUAAAGGACUUUUACACAUGGAAGCAGAGAUGUCCUUACAGAGUCCUUCAUUUUACGGUGCCUUAAAAUAAAAGUACUUCCACUUGAAAUGCUAC